UCCAAGAACCUCAACCGCUGCAGUUAAUAAGGAAUCACAGCAAUUGAGGCGUGAUCUCAUCUCAUCUAAGACGAGCCACCCACUUUAUUGCCAAGGAUGUCUGCUUCCCUCUCCGUCGCCAAGAUCGUCGCUCUCCCUUCCUCUUUGCCCCGCCUCCUCCAGCCUGCCGCCCGCUUCCACCGCGUCCUUUCCGCUACCAACCUACCGCUCCGACUGCAUACUCGUCGGUCUCCCCUCUUCCCCCGAUUCUUCGCCUCUUCCGUCUCCGCCACCGCCGCCGCGACCACCAUCUCCGUCGGCGACCAGCUUCCCGACGUCACACUUUCCUACUUCGACUCCGACGGGGAGCUCCAGACCGUCACCGUGUCUGAUCUCACCAAGGGCAAGAAGGCCAUCCUCUUCGCCGUCCCGGGGGCCUUUACCCCAACGUGUUCCCAGAAGCACCUCCCCGGAUUCGUGGAAAAGGCCGGGGAGCUGCGCGCCAAGGGCGUCGACACCAUCGCCUGCAUAUCGGUCAACGACGCGUUUGUGAUGCGUGCCUGGAAGAAGGACCUUAACAUUAGGGACGAGGUUUUGCUUCUCUCCGAUGGAAACGGGGAGUUCACCCGGGCUCUCGGAGUGGAGCUCGAUCUGUCUGAUAAGCCCGUGGGCCUUGGCGUCCGAUCCCGGCGCUAUGCGUUGCUGGCGGAGGAUGGGGUUGUCAAGGUGCUCAAUUUGGAGGAAGGAGGUUCCUUUACCAUCAGCGGCCCCGAGGACUUGCUCAAGGUCCUAUAAUACCCCCUUUUGCCAUCCCAGCUGUUUCAGGUUUGCAGUCUACUUUUUUGCACUCCAAAAAUGUUCAAUUUGGAUAAAUGAAUUCUCGUUAUGCUUCUUGAAUAAUGAAAUAUUGGAGAAUUUAGUAUUUUCUAACUUUUUGAUCAGCUAAUUGAGGCAGAUUGAUUGUAUGUUGA